AUGGCUGAAGCGGAAGAGGACCGCCAUCGGUUGGUCGACAGCAUUGACGAUCUUGAGCGCGAAAAGCAACAAGUUCAAGCAGAAAAUGCGCGUAUCAUUGAAGAGAAUCGCAGUUUAUUGGAGCAACUUGACAGUUUGAAUCAAGCGGUCGCCGAGUCUGACAACCAAAUUAAGUCCCUAACCAUUGCGUUGGAGCAGACGGAGUCGGAGUUGCGACGAUUGACGGUGGCUGCAUCGCGUGCCGCAGAGCUUGAGGCGCAACUAGUUCUUAUGGAGGCCGAGCAGUCUAAGCUCCAGGAGAGCCUUGCAUCAGUUCGCGAAGACGAGAAAUCGGCCGUUCAACGGUGGAGACAAGCAGAAAUCACCUUGCGAGGCCUUCAUGAUCAAGUCGACCGCAUUGAGAAAGAAGCACGCGAGGAGAGGGAUCGACAUACAGACCUCGUUCAACGCAUGGAGCGCAAGAGAGCUGUGGAGCGCGAGCUGGACAAUGCAGCAGGGCGUCUCAAGGGUGCCGCUGCCGCCUCUGAACUCAACCGCAACGCAGGUGGUACGAACGUGGUCUCUCGCUUCGUCAAGGACAUAUUGCAAGACAACGCCAAUCUGCAAGUCGGGAUCAUGGAGCUACGCGACAUGCUUCAGAGCUCGAAUGAAGAAGUUCAAAAUCUACGAGAACAGGUCAUAUCUCAUCAGCCGCUCGCCGGCGUGGAUAAGGAGGACAAUGUACAGCCAAGAUCUUCCGCCACGUUGAGUGAGGAGCUACGAGCGAAGGAAGAACAACGCGUGUCUCAGGAAUUACACAUCCAUCAUCAUUUCCACACACCAAAUCCAGCUCCAACUGCAAAGAAAGAGAAAGGCACGCUCAACCGUCGCAUGAAAAAGCGCCGCCCUGCUUUGGGGAGCCCAGUAGCAAUGUACUCUGUGAUGCGGUCCCGGUCCCCCCGAAGAGCCCUUCAUCGCUCCCAGUCAUCUGGAUCCUCGAUGUCAACCAUUAUUUCGCAGCCCUCUGUAUCCAUCCCACCCCGUUCAUCAUCCCGCUGCUGGUCCUCACAGUCACAUGCUCCGGACUCGGUAGCAAGCUCUCCUCAGUCCGCGUUCCGGACGUCAUCGAUUUUUGAUCGUGUUGAACGUGGCACUGAUUUCUCUCAGCCUACCAGCCCGGAAAGCACCGUCUUCUCUUCGCCUUGGAUGCAGGCACGGAACCUGAAGGGUCUUGACACACCACACCGGUCAAUGGGUGGAUUUGAAACCCACAAUCCACCUGACGACCUGUCCGCAUUUGAGGAUGGUUGCUACAGCCGCCAAAACUUCUCGAACCCGGGUGAUAAUGCCACCAGAGAACCAGAUAUUCCAGAGGAAUCCGAACCAUCUACAUCGGCGGCAUACUUCUCGCCUAUGGGUGAGCCACUAACGCCCACCGACGACCUUUUUUCUACGCAAGUACAGCCUUCAUCUUUACGCAGAUCUUCUUCUCAUGAUAGCUUGCUCUCUGUCUCCAUUGCUGGAAUGGACAUCCAUACACUUACCAGUCGCCACAAGCGAAUGGGCGACUGGCAUCCCGGCAUGCGGAUUCCUCGGCGCAUCUUAUCACCCAGUGUCAAACGACUAUCAACACCUCCGGUAAUCUCAGCCCCGGCUAUCACAGCCCAUCGUGCAAAGAGCUCAGAGUAUACAUCCCAGUCAUUGCUUGCUUCCAUGGCUGCAGGAAAUCAAACCAAGUCCGACACGGUAUCUAUUCUAUCUACAGACAGCUCCAGCAUCGACUCAACCUCAACCUCAACCGUUGGGCCUCGCAGGGCUACUUCGUUGGGUCGCCGUAUGGGAGGCUGGGUGCUAAGCCGCUGGCGCGAGGCCCCGAUCCCAUCCGACAAUGACACUCAAGAUCCGACGGACUCGGCAAAGAUGUUUAAGGCAUUGUCACCUUCUCCAUCUACAUCUACGCCCAAACCCGUUGACCUGCUAGCUCCCCGCUUCAGAUACCCAGGUGUGAACCAGAAGGGUCCGAUAAUGGGCUUGCGGCCUCCGCCUCCUGCUCCGAUCUCAAUUCAUGCCGAAAGCAUAGACGAAGACUUGUUGCGAGAGAGUCUAGCUGAUGAUAAUCGCUAA